AUGAACAUCAGCGCCAUAGAUAGCACGUCUGGCCGCGACGAGUUCCAGCACUUCAAGGCGGACUUUUUUAAGAGCCGGUCGCUCUCUGUGGGCACAGACGCCUCGGACGACCUCAGCGACGAGUGUGGCUCUUGCUCGUCGCCGCUCCACGUCAAUAGACGCUCCUGCGACGGCGCCGGCGGCCGGCGCUGUGCGCUCGUGUCGCCCCUGCUGUGUCUGUACAGCCCGCUCGGCAAGCUCACCAAGAAACUGAAGCGCGCAGUCUUGCCCGCUCCCAUUGUGACUGCCUCCGACUCGCUCUCGUCGGUCAUGUCUGCGUCCACGGCCAACACCUCGCCCGCCACCUCGCCCUCUGCCAACCUCAAGCUGCUCAGCCCCCUGAUGCCUGCACCGCCACAGUGCGCAGCCCCCUCGCGCGACCACUGCGUGCCAGACAUCGCGGACGAGUACUUUCUCAGGCACCAGCAGCGGUCUGCCGGCCGCGCGCACCAAGCCGGCUCGACCUCUGCCUCCUCCGCCACAGACUUCGACAGUCUGUACUCUCUAGACGACUCAUCCGACCGAGUCUCGCUCCACAUACGGGCCAGCAGCGACCUGCUGCUGGGCACACAGGCGCGCGAGCUCAGCUCGCUGCUGGCCACCACGCACGACAGUCCCGGCUGGAGCGUCAAGGACGGCCUGCUGAUUCCUGCGGACGCGGCCCCCGACCCCGAGCUCGAGCUCGAGCGCGAGCCGCGCGACCAGGACGUGGUUGCCGACCUCGUGGCCACCGACGUGCUUGAGCGACUCAACCUGCAAUGA